GUGGUAUCCUGAGCUCCGCGCCUGGGUCGCUGCUGCUUCCCGCUGGAGCCGCCGCGCCGCCGCUGGGAUCAUGGUGUUCUACUUCGCCAGCAGCAGCGUGAACUCAUCUGCUUACACUAUUUACAUGGGAAAGGAUAAAUAUGAAAUUUUCAUUCUUUGUAGGUUUCACGUGGACAAACUCUCUUCCGCUCAUGUAUACCUUCGAUUACAUAAGGGAGAGACUAUAGAAGACAUCCCAAAGGAAGUGCUGAUGGAUUGUGCCCACCUUGUGAAAGCCAACAGCAUUCAAGGCUGCAAGAUGAACAACGUUAAUGUGGUAUAUACGCCGUGGUCUAACCUGAAGAAAACAGCUGACAUGGAUGUGGGGCAGAUAGGCUUUCACAGGCAAAAGGAUGUAAAAAUUGUGACAGUGGAGAAGAAAGUGAAUGAGAUUCUGAACCGAUUAGAAAAGACCAAAAUGGAGCGGUUCCCUGAUCUAGCAGCAGAGAAAGAAUGCAGAGAUCGAGAAGAGAGGAAUGAGAAAAAAGCCCAAAUUCAGGAAAUGAAAAGGAAAGAAAAAGAGGAAAUGAAGAAGAAGAGGGAAAUGGAUGAACUUAGGAGCUACUCAUCACUAAUGAAAGUUGAAAAUAUGUCUUCAAAUCAGGAUGGCAAUGAUUCAGAUGAAUUCAUGUGAGAGAAGAAAAGGAACUUUGAAAGAUGUGAACGUAGAGACGGUUGCAGACCUUUUGAUUUCAUCUAUGUUCUGAAUUACACAAACCAACCAAAAUUCUACCAUCGUCCUGCACAGAUAUUAUUAAUUUUGGAGUUUUAAAAAAACUUUCUUUUUUUGUUGACAAAAAAGGAUCAUCUAUAUAUAAAAUAGUUGAACUUGACAGCAUAUAACUUAAGGAAAGCUAAAGUAUUUUUGCCAGAACAUAUCUGGGUACUUUGUGAAAGCUGGCUGCCCUGUUCUUGAGACAGACUUCAGAACGAACUCUCUGUUUUUCUGUUGCUGCAAAGCAGAUGUCUUGAAACGCUUCUCAUAUUCUUAAAAUAUCUUCACUUCUGUUAAGAAUGUGUUGGUGGGCAGUGUAUUCGAAUAUUUUCCCGUCCCUGAUUUUCUGGCUAGAAAAAAAGGCAUGGGUUUUAGAGAUGAGCAUGAUCUUUUCAGAACAUUUCUGGCGUCUCUUCACGUUUCCUCGUGCCGUUGGCGGAGUGAGCCUCAGCGCAGCUCGUCCCAGUGUUCACAUCUUUGCCGUCUCUGAGCAGGGGCCUCAUGUUAGCAUCUUCACAUUUACAGAAAUAGUUGGUGUUUUUAUCAGGGUUGGGCCUUGAGCACCAAGUAACUAAGCCAUUGUAUGUGAUGACAAAUUCUGGGCUCGGGGAUCAUUUCUCUGCACUCAGGAAGAAAUAGGAAGGAGCGCUGUGUGAAUCAUUGGGGAGAUGUAGAUUGCCCGAUUUUUGUCUUGAGACAUGAAGCAAAAGUCCCUUUGCAGUUAUGAUUUUAGAAAGAAUUAAGCAUUUCACUAGCAAGCCAAGUACUUGUUUUUCUUCCUUGAAAUCAUAUUUAUUUUGAUUUGUAACCCCAGAGUUCAGAUUCCUCAUUGUAGACUCCAUAACUUAAAAGUAACAUUACUGCUCAUUUGAACCGCCCCCUAUUCAUGUGAUUCUGAUUAGAUGAUCUGUGUUUCUUGCAGCAUGUAGGGUGACCUCUGUAAAAAGGGACAAAACAAAGAGAAGGAAAACCAAGGCUACAGAACAGGAAGCACAACUGACAUUGUAACCACACCCAGAACUCUGCACAUUGUGUUCUUGUUAACUGUAUUCUAACUUAGCAAAAGUGGGCUACAGCAAAUACCUCACCUGUGAUAGCACUUUGGAACUGUGGGUAAAACCAGAAGACUAGUCUGUCCAUUUAUUCCAAGUUGGUGUAUGGGGUUAAACUGGAAAAUUCCCUGAGGCUCGUUGGCCAAAUUUUGAGGGGGUAUGGAGGAUGACUCCAGAGAUGAGUGGUUUUCUGUGUGUAUGUGUGUCGAUGAUAAUUCAGCCUGAAGAUCUGCAAUUUUAGAAGUUAUAAUAAAGUAUCAUUUUUUUCUGGAAA